AAGGCCGCGUCCAAGAAGCCGGCGAACAAGAACUAAUCGGCGUCGACAACCUAUCCUCCUCCCCCUCCUCCCCCCUCCCCUGGUCGCGUUCCUGGAUGUGACUGAUUCGGUUCCUGGAUGUUCUGUACCCUUAAACUCCCGUUAAGGAGACGUAUUUUACAGACACUGGUCUAUGCGAUGGAGUGAUAUUGGUCUAUGUUGUGGUUGACUUGUUGUUUGUGUUCGUGUUCUUGCCCCAAUCGUACUCGUGCUCUUGUAUUAUUUUGUUUGUUACGUGAUUCUGUCUAGUCUUCGUGCUCAACCUCCGAAUCUUCCCCCAAUUGAGUGCCUCGACAUGGAGGAGCAGAGCAGGUGCAGCAGAUUCAGUUUCGCCUGCGCGGCGUGCCGCAGAUUUCUCCACGGCGUCGUCACGGCGUGUUCUGGGGCUGAUAUUGCAGAUGGUUCACAGAUUUCUGAGCCUCCACUACUCAACCGACCCCAAGGGCAUGCAGUUCUUCGUCGGAAGUUCAGCAGGCGGUGGCAUGGGUGACCCCGUUUGCAAUUUUAUUUCCACCAUGCCUUGGAAAUUUAGGGCCUUUGUUAAUUGCUGUGUGUGGCAAAGGCGUUGCCGAAUCAUCCAGCGCUCAGGACAAGACUCCACCAAAUCAUCAGGAUCUCCCGGAAGAACAUGAGGUGGCUCCAGGAGUGGUUGAGCACACCUUAUUCGGGUGUUGUGUUCGUGCAGCAGAACAUUUGCUAGCCUGUUAGGCCGCUGCCGGACGGGGAGGUGCCAGCGGCGACUGCCUCUAGUGCGGACACACAAAUCUGUUCGGCGGAGGCAGGGACUGCACAUAAGGCUCAAGCAUCUGAACACUCCAUAGAACAGAUUGACCCCAAGACUCCUGGGUGGACGCGAAGUUGGAGAGAGAGAUGGAUUGGUGCCUACGACGCGCUGGUCGACGCGGCGGCCGCCGCAGUCCGCGAGCCCGGGUGCACGGUGGCGCUCACGGACCUCCACCGCUGCCUCGAUGCCUUUAGCGAGUCCUGCGACCAAGCCGAGGGCCUCGUCCAGGCGGCCGCUGCCGGCCUCGGCCCCGCCGCCACCUGCCACGACGAGCUGUGUCGCGCCGUGCGUGCGGUCGACAAGGAUCUCUGGGCCGCCGAGGAGAACGAGAUGGAAGAAGAGAAGCAUCGCCCUCCGACCACGCCGCUGGCGGCCGAGGACAAAUAGCCCAAUCGAUCUACCUCUUCUCCUGUUGAGGUGAUGUUCAUCAUUCUUGUUUUUUCCAUGUGAUGUUCAUCGUUCCUUUUAUUUUCUUGCUUGAUGUGCUAAUCGUGUUAGUCAUCUAGAAGAUGAAUGAAACUGUGACGGGAAAGGACAGAUGGACUGGGAUAUAUUGCCUCGCCAUGCCGCAUGGUGGCCGAGAUGCGGUAGCCCCAUGCUCUGUUCCGAUGGGCCUCCUCUGCUCGAUGUUGCCGCUGGUUGAGUUUGGUACGGUUUCCUGUUGUCGCUUGCGUCGAGCCUUGGGUCCGUCUCUCCUUCUCAUUGAGCCUACUUCUCCUGUUGCUGGCGCUUCUUCUUCUCGCCGGUCCUGCUGCUUACCCAACCUUUUGCUUGCUGCCUCGGGUUGCACGAUCUCUGCUGUAGCUGUGUCGUUCGACUCAUCAAGAUAUACCACGAAGGGAAGAUCUGCCUCACUGUGCACUUCAGGCGCGCGCACACUAGCGAUGGUACAGGAUUGGCUUCAUGGUGGAAUCAGGUGCGCAUCGUCCAUGGUGGCCUGUCGUGGGUGUUGGUGGGCGGCUGGAGGCGGCUGUAGCAGGUCGAUUUAUCUGACUACUGAAAAUGAGCUUCAGAAUAUCUGUAGAACGUAGCCCACUUCGAGCCAAAUAUCAAUUAUGAUAAAUCCACCAUGUACCAUGAUCAUUUGAACAGUCUUGCUUAAGUUUAUGUUAGCCCUGUAUGCUGAUUUGAGGAGAUUGUUAACUUUAAGGUGCGAACAUUUAUAAAAUGAUAAUUGUACCGUUUUU